AUGACGCCAGAGGAGAAGCUGGAUGAGAAAAUCCGCAUUGAUUUUAUAUCAUCAGAUCAAAUCAGAUCACUCUCGUCUUCAUCAGCAACGCCUCGAAAUACCCAACGACAUCGCUGCCAAAACGACAAUGCGAUGGAUCUCGACUCUCCUCCACCGCCCUCAUCAAAGGGAAAGGCAUCUGCUACUCGACCAGCGCCAUAUAGAAAUUAUAAAACAGGUCCCGUAUACAGGCUGACAAAGAGCUUGCUGCAAACAUACGUCCACAUUAAUGAUGUCUAUUACGAGGCUGCUAACAGACGAAAGAGGCAGAUACCGCCUCCCGUCCCUGUUGAUCCUUUACGGCAUCCAGAGUCACCCAAAAAGAAUAAAUCCUCGCAUAGUCAGCCACAACUGCAGAGGCCGCCGAACGAACCUGCUACACACAAUCAUGGCUAUGAUGACGAGAAUGACGACUACAUCAUACAUGAGAACGAGACGUGGAAUAAUCGAUUCAAAAUCAUACGUCUGUUGGGGAGAGGAUCCUUUGGACAAGUAGUCGAAGCACAUGAUUUGCAUCAGGGAGGGAACGAUAAUCGAGUUGCAAUCAAAAUCAUCAAGAAUCGAAGAAGUUUUAAGGCACAGGCAUUGAUUGAAGUUAGGAUAUUGGAAUAUUUGAAUGCUGCUGAUCCGGAUGAUUCGAAAAAUAUUGUUCGAAUGAACGAGAGCUUCAUGCAUAGAGGGCAUUUAUGUCUAGUUUAUGAAAUGCUAUCGCUGAACUUGUACGAGUUACUCAAGAGUGAGGGUCUGCGAGGCCUGUCGCUGGGUUUGGUCCGAAGGUUUGCUGCCCAGAUACUCCUCGCAUUGUCCUUUCUCUCCCGUCCAAAUGUACAAGUCGUGCAUUGCGAUAUGAAGCCUGAAAACAUUUUACUACGGGAUCAUCAGAACAAGGGCAGUGCUCUCAAAGUGAUUGAUUUUGGAUCAUCGUGUUUCAUCAAUGAACGAGCGUAUUCAUAUAUUCAAUCUCGAUUCUACAGGUCACCUGAAGUCAUUCUCGGUGCGCCAUAUGGAUGUCCAAUAGACGUAUGGUCAUUAGGAUGUAUAUUGAUGGAAUUACUGACAGGAACUCCGAUAUUUCCCGGUACGAGUGAGCAUGAUCAACUACUUCUCAUAUCCCGACUAUUGGGUCCUCUUCCGUCGUCGCUGGUAUCUUCUGGACAACGAGAGAAGGUGGCAAAACUUGUAACGAGAAAUCCAGAUGGAACAUAUUCUGUCGUGCCGCUACGAAAUAGUAAUAGUACAGGUGGUAGUGCGACACGAGCCGCUACAGGAGGACUGGUUGGUGGACGACCUGGUCAAGAACAGCCUACCAAAACACUAUGGGAUGUCGUGAAAGAACGAGUAUAUGAUGAUGCAUAUCGGAUGGCAGAUCCAGAGGCGCCAUCGGUUAAAACGAGUAGUAGUCAACCAACAGCAUCCAUUCAAGAUUACGCCAAAUUCACUGACUUGCUGGCCCGAAUGCUGGAAUAUGAUUCCUCGUUACGUAUUCGGCCUGACGAAGCACUCCAGCACGCCUUUUUCAAACCAUGUUUUGAUCAAGCUGUGAAUACGAAUUGGACGCAUCAUCCUAGUUUAGGUCAACCGCUGCAUCCAACAUAUGCUGUAGCUGCCGAACCGAAUGAUGUUGGUUGUAUCAGAGCAUCGUCCAUGACAACAGCAACGACACCACCGCCAGCUGGAUCUGGUAUACCGGUUGCGGUAACGAAUAGUAAUAAUAGUAAUCAUAGCAGCCAGACCAAACCAACCAUUUCGUUGCCAAGUCAGCAGUCGCAUGCACCCCCAGUUUCAUCCAUCGUUACAGCUUUGCCGAUAAAAGGAGGUACAGUGGCAGCAUCACAGCAAGAAGUACCCAAAUCCGAGACAAAGAGGCAACGGAAUAGUAAUGCUAGGACAAAUAAUACGAGGACUUAUAAUACCAGAUCACAUUCAGAUCCACCUGUCGCAUUGGUUGAGACACGGACUAGUAGUAGCAGUACAACAGUAACAUCCACUAGAUCUAGGACGCGGCGUGCUGGACUUGGUGGUCUUGCUGGUUCGAGAGACUGA